AUGGUGUCUGCAGUGGUUCUGUCUGGGGAUGGCAGAAUGAGAGGGAUGCUGCUGGUGUUGCUGUAUGUGUCCCACUCUUCUGCCAGUUGUGGCAUCCAGAAAACCUCACUGGUGGACGAAUCUGAGGAGAACCUGGUCGGCGCCAUGGAGUUCCCCUGGGUGGUGUCUGUGCAGGACUCGCAGUACACACACCUGGCAUUCGGCUGCAUCCUCAGCCAGUUCUGGAUCCUCAGCAUCGCAUCUGCCCUGCAGCACAGGAAGGAUGCGAUCAUCGUGGUUGGUAUAGCUAACAUGGAUCCCAGAAAGAAUGCUUACCUAGAGUACCGGGUCGGCACCAUCAUCAUCCACAAGAACUUUGAUAACAACUCCAUGAGCAAUAACAUAGCCCUCCUGAAGACAGCCUCAGCGAUACAUUUCGAUGAUCUGGUCCAGCCCAUCUGCUACCUGGGGAAGGAGCUGCCUAGGCUCCCAGCCUUGCAGAACUGCUGGGUGUCAGGAUGGAAUCCCACAUCUGCAACAGGAAAUCACAUGACAAUGAGUAUCCUGAGGAGAAUCUCUGUGAAGGACCUCAACUUGUGUCCCCUACACAAACUCCAGAAAACAGGCUGUGGCAGUCACACAGAGCGGGAAACUGAUGCUGUCUGCUUGGGGGAGCCAGGAAGCCCCAUGAUGUGCCAGCUGCAGGGUCUGGAUCUGUGGGUUCUGAGAGGACUCCUGACCCACGGUGGUGAGAAAUGCCCUGGCUUCUAUCUGUACACCAAGGUGGAAGACUACAGCGACUGGAUAACAUCCCAGGCUAGCAUGGCUGGCCCUCCUCUGUCUUCGCUCCACCACUGGCAGAAGUUGAUCCAUUUCUCCCACCGCAGAUUCCCUGCCGUCGUGACACGGAAUGCAUAUUCUCAACAGGGCCAAGUUGGAUGGUCCCAAUCCUACUCCCGAGGACAAAGAAAGUCCAUGGUGCAUCUAAAGCAAGCAAACAGCUCUAGCUCUAGACAUAGUCUAGACCAUAGGGUAAAAGGUCUACAGCAACCAGACAGUUCUAUAGAGGUGGCUGGUCAACACAUGUACUAUGACUACAAUGGUGGGCAGGCUGGGAAGAUGUCUUUUGCAGGUCAGGACACAGUGCAGCCCCAAAAAAUCAUCUUGGUUUUCUUCAUGCUUGUUUUCUUUGGCAGCAGUGUGUAGAUCUAGGAGUGAACCCAUCAAACUGAAGAGAAAACUCAGAAUGUUGAGUGCCAGGCAUCCCCCAUGCUGUUGCGGUGUCUCGUUUUGACAGUUGCAUGCCUGGGCUGCUGCAGAUAGACCCACGGCAUGUGCCGGGCUGGCUCUCCCUCCUCUGUUCCACUCCCACUGUGGGAAGGUCACUUUCAUUUGUGCUUGUGAACUAAAUGUCAAACCAUUAGAGUGCCCUGUGGUUCUUUCACCGGUGUUAAUGGUUCAGGCCAGGCUGUAAAGACAGUCCCCAGCAUCAGAUGUGGCCAGGAAGGUGAUAAUCAGCAUGGCUGGGGAGUGGAGGACACCAGCCAGCACAGGGAACAGUGAGAGGACCUCAUGAUUAAAAAGUGUUGAAUCA